AGUUAAACUAUAACCAUACAAGCAUAAACAUGCAGACACACCCAUGCAGACUCAGUGAACGUGAUAAACGAAUGAUUUUAACACCCUGAUGAGGGGAUUUUGGGUUGCACUUCUUCUUUUAAACAGUAGAUGGUUUUCAGGCACACGUACACAGCAGAGACACACCCCUACAAACACGCAACCAUUCAUGGAACAGUAAGGGGGGCUGAGCCUCCAUGUCCAUGUGCAACACUUCCACAUCCUGUGGACUGAAAAGCUGCUAUCUCUCUUGAACGGGGAGCACUUUGCCCCAACCUCCAAAGAGAGCCAAGAUGGUGAAAAAACACUUCUCAAAGUUGGAGGUGAUGUUAAUGGUGAUGUUUGUGAUUAUGACUGUGAUAUCAAUCGCAUUCAUAGUUCUGUUUGCCACGGGACAAUCUGGUGUGAAAGAAGAAAUUACAGAUACAUUUGUUCCAACAUGUCCCAGCAUGCCUCUGGGUGAGAGAGUAGAUUGCUUCCCUGAUUCUGGAGGUUCACAGGAGAAAUGUCAGGAACGUGGAUGUUGUUGGAGUCCACGAGAUGAGAGUAAUGUUCCCUGGUGUUUCUUCCCCACCAACUAUGGAUAUACUGUGGAAUCACAGGAGACACCAAACUCUUAUGCUAUCAAGGCAAAACUGACAAGAAUGGAAUCUCCAUCUUUAUUUGGUCAACACAUAAAAGAACUGGCAAUUGAUGCAGAAAUGCAGACAAAGAAUCGACUCAGAUUUAAGAUCUAUGAUCCCAACAAUAAGAGGUUUGAGGUCCCCCAUGAGCACAUCCUCAGCCUCAAACCUACCCCAUCCAGUCCCAUCAACAACACACUGCAAAUCACACAGAAACCCUUUGGCCUUACUGUACGCAGAGAGGAGAACCAAAAAGUUGUGUUUGACACUAGAAUGGCUCCAAUUGUGUUUGAAGACCAGUACAUACAGCUGUCUGCUAAGCUCCCAUCCCAUAAUAUUUAUGGCCUGGGGGAGCAUGUCCAUAGGCAAUAUCGCCAUGACACAAACUGGAGAACCUGGCCAAUUUUCACAAGAGAUUCUUUUCCUAAUGGGGGAACACAUAACCUCUAUGGACACUAUCCCUUUUUCCUCUGUCUGGAAGAUGAGAGUGGGAAGUCAUUUGGGGUCUUUCUCCUGAACAGCAAUGCUAUGGACGUGACACUGCAGCCCGCCCCAGCUGUGACCUACAGGACAAUUGGAGGGGUGCUUGACUUCUACAUUUUCUUUGGUGACACACCAGAGCAAGUGGUGCAUGAAUUCCUCGAGCUCAUUGGCAAGCCUGUCAUUCCUGCCUACUGGUCACUGGGAUUCCAGCUUUCUCGGUGGAACUACGGCAACCUCAGUAUAGUCAAGGAAACAGUGGAGAGGAACCGUGCUGUGGAUCUUCCAUAUGACAUUCAAUAUACUGACAUAGACUACAUGGAGGAUAAAAAAGAUUUCACCUAUGACAAGGUUAAGUUUGCAGAACUUCCACAGUUUGCUGAAUACCUCCAUGAGAAGGGGCAGAGAUAUAUCCUUAUCCUGGAUCCAGCAAUAGCCACCAGUAAGAGGGUCGGGGAUGCUCCGUAUGAGUCCUAUGACCGUGGAACUGCGAAGAAUGCUUGGGUCACUGAAUCAGAUGGAGUAACUCCUCUAAUAGGAGAGGUGUGGCCAGGAGAGGCUGUAUUUCCAGAUUACACCAGCCAAGCCUGCAUAGAUUGGUGGGUGGAUGAGUAUGAGCGAUUCUACAGGGAGGUCAAACAUGAUGCACUUUGGAUUGACAUGAAUGAGGUCUCUAAUUUCAAGCAAGGAUCAGCAAAGGGCUGUGCUUCAAACAACCUAAACUACCCUCCAUUCAUUCCAAACAUUCUUGACAACUUGAUGUACAGUAAGACUCUGUGUAUGGAUGCCAAGCAGUCUUGGGGAAACCAUUAUGAUGUCCACAGUCUGUACGCCUACUCUAUGGUGCUGGCUAGUGAAAAAGCUCUGCAGCGUGUUUUUGGAGCAAACCGUAGCCUGUUGCUGACCCGCUCCUCCUUUCCAGGUGUGGGAAAAUAUUCAGGUCACUGGCUGGGGGACAAUGGUGCCAAUUGGAAUGACAUAAAAUGGGCUAUCCCUGGCAUGCUAGAGUUUGGCCUCUUUGGAAUACCCUAUAUUGGAGCUGACGUCUGUGGUUUCUUUGAUGACUCCACUGAAGAGUUGUGUCGUCGCUGGAUGCAGGUCGGGGCUUUCUACCCCUUCAGUCGGAACCACAAUGCUGAGGGCUACAAGCCUCAGGAUCCAGCUGCAUAUGGUGCUGACUCAGCACUGGUCCGGAGUUCAAAACAUUACCUGAAUAUACGUUAUACACUUCUGCCUUACCUCUACACGCUAUUCUACAAAGCCCACACUGCAGGAGAGACUGUUGUACGUCCUGUUGUGCAUGAGUUCUAUUCUGACAGCGAAACCUGGACUAUAGAUCGCCAGUUCCUCUGGGGAAAAUACCUGCUCAUCACACCUGUAUUGGAUCCAGGUGUGGAUAAGGUGUCGGCAUAUCUACCUGAUGCUCGGUGGUACGACUACGAGACGAUGGAACAAGUGGCAGACCGCAAAAGGCAUGUUGAAAUGUAUCUACCAGGAGAGAAGCUUGGAUUACACAUCAGGGGUGGAGCAAUCCUCCCAACACAGAAGCCUAAUGUCACCACAACAUACAGUCGGCGUAAUCCCAUGGGUUUGAUCAUUGCUCUUGAUGACUACGACAGCGCAGCUGGAGAGCUAUUUUGGGAUGACGGUGAUUCCCGAGACACAGUUGAGAAUAGCAACUACAUCCACUACAAGUUCACUGUUACCCAGGGAACACUGACGAUGCAGGUGACCAACAAUGGUUACAGUGACCCAAACAACCUUAAGUUUGACAACAUUAUUAUCCUUGGGGUACCUACUGUUCCCGCAUCCGUCUCUGUGACUCAUGUUAAUGCUACAAACACUACGACAAUAUUAGAUAACAACAACAUAGACUACAAUGGAGCCAAGAAGGUGCUGACCCUGCAGAAGCUUGACUUGAUCUUGGGGGAGACCUAUGUGGUGGAGUGGGAAGUACUACGUAUUAACUGUCAUCCAGAGGACAAUGUGGAUCAGGCUAAGUGCGAGGCCAGAGGCUGUAUCUGGGAUCCAAUUUCCAUUGAAGGUGCCCCAAAUUGCAUCUAUCCAGAAGACUAUGGUUACAAUGUCACAUCAUUAAAGGAAAGUAAUGAGGGGAUGACAAUUGAUAUCAUUCGGAACGCGAAGUACAGGAGCAGUGGUCGCCCACAGUCCCGUGAUAUUGACACACUACGUGUUGACAUUAAAUAUCACAGCAGUGACAUGCUGCAAUUCAAGAUCUAUGACCCAAAUAAUAAUCGCUAUGAGGUGCCAGUGGAGUUGUCGGUUCCUACAACUCCUGAGACUGAUGAGGACAAAAGGCUUUACAGGGUCGCUAUUGUCCAGCACCCAUUCGGCAUCCAGAUUAUUAGGAAAAGCACCGGGACCAUAAUUUGGGAUUCAUCUGUGCCAGGUUUUACCUUCUCAGACAUGUUCAUCCAAGUGACAACUAAACUGCCAUCUCAAUAUGUUUAUGGUUUUGGGGAAACAGAGCAUAAAACUUAUAAGCACAAUCUAAACUAUCAUACCUGGGGUAUGUUCUCCAAGGACCAGCCUCCUGGUUACAAGAUGAAUUGCUAUGGAGUCCAUCCCUUCUAUAUGGGCCUUGAGAAUACAGAUGAUGCUCACGGUGUGCUGCUGCUAAACAGCAAUGCUAUGGAUGUGACUUUACUGCCUAGUCCAGCCUUAACCUACCGAACUCUGGGAGGCAUCCUGGAUUUCUACGUGGUCAUGGGUCCUACACCUGAGAUGGUGGUGCAGGAGUACACUCUAUUGAUUGGACGACCUGUUCUACCUGCCUAUUGGUCCCUUGGGUUCCAACUCUGUCGCUAUGGUUACACGAAUGACAAGGAAAUAGAAACGCUAUACACAGAAAUGAGGACAGCUGGUAUCCCCUAUGAUGUACAGUAUGCAGACAUUGACUACAUGGAGCGUCAGCUUGACUUUGUCCUGGACAAAGAGUUCCAAGGACUGCCUGCCCUGGUUGAUAGCAUGAGAAACGAGGGGAUGAGGUUCAUCUUCAUUCUGGAUCCCGCCAUCUCAGGUAAUGAGACCCAGCCCUACCCAGCUUUUGAAAGAGGGAUAGCAGCGGAUGUUUUCAUCAAAUGGCCCCAAACCAUCAGUGAUGAAAUUGUGUGGGGGAAGGUGUGGCCUGAUUAUCCCAAUGUCACUGUAGAUGAAAGUCUGGACUGGGAUACCCAAGUAGAGCUCUAUAGGUCAUACACCACAUUUCCAGACUUUUUCCGUAACCAAACGGCAGAUUGGUGGCACACAGAAAUCAAAGAUUUCUAUGAGAAUACCAUGAAGUUUGAUGGCAUUUGGAUUGACAUGAAUGAGCCUGCAAGUUUUGUCCAUGGCACAGUUGGAGGAAAGUGUCUUGGUGAUCCACUCCUGGAAAACCCACCAUAUAUGCCACCCUUGGAGUCAAAACAUCUUGGCUUAAACCAUAAGACUCUGUGCAUGAACAGUGAACAGAUACUCAGCGAUGGAACAAGAGUCAGACACUAUGAUGUCCAUAGCCUCUACGGCUGGUCCCACUCCAAGCCUACCUAUGAUGCCCUUCUGGAUGUGACAGGUAAAAGAGGCAUAGUGGUCACCAGGUCCACCUACCCCUCUAGUGGAAAAUGGGUUGGACACUGGCUUGGAGACAACUAUUCUGGUUGGGAUCAGCUUUAUAAAUCCAUUAUAGGUAUGAUGGAGUUCAGUCUGUUUGGCAUCUCUUACACCGGGGCAGACAUAUGUGGGUUCUUUAAUCCAGCUGAAUAUGAGAUGUGUCUUCGUUGGUCACACCUGGGUGCCUUCUAUCCGUACUCACGCAACCACAAUGGCAAGGGUAACCCGAGGCAAGAUCCUGUUGCUUGGGAUGCGGAAUUUGCCAGUGCAACCCGGGACGUUCUGAACAUCCGUUACACCCUCCUGCCCUAUCUGUACACUCUGAUGUUUGAGGCACAUACGAAAGGAAGCACAGUGAUCAGACCACUUUUACACGAGUUUGUGGAUGAUAAAACUACAUGGGAAAUCUACAGACAGUUCCUGUGGGGACCUGCCCUGCUCAUCAGCCCUGCACUGGACCCUGGAGUCACAACUGUGAGAGGAUAUAUUCCUAAAGGCCGCUGGUAUGACUUUCACACUGCCAAAGAUGUUGGAGUGAGUGGCGCAAUGUUUGACAUGCCAACACCCUUGAAUCAUAUUAACCUUCACGUCAGAGGAGGAUAUAUCUUACCCUGGCAGAAACCAGAGAACACUACAUAUUACAGUCGGAAGAAUCCUUUAGGACUGAUCGUUGCCCUGAAUGACACUGGAACUGCCAAGGGAUCAUUCUUCUGGGACGAUGGUGAAGGAAUAGACACAGUGGAGAACAACAAAUAUCUUCAUAUCACAUUUUCAGUGGAGUCGAACACCUUGACCAAUGACGUGGCAUUAAAUGGCCUGGAUGCUGCAGAUUAUUUGAAGCUGGGUGUGGUGAGGAUUUGGGGCGUGGGACCUGAGAUCACAGAGGUUUCCAUAACUACAAAUACAGAGACUUACCCACUAACCCCACAGCACAACCUUGAAUCACAGGAGCUGACCGUAGAUAUUACUGAUCUGAAUGUGAAUGUGCAUCAGAAUUUUCAGUUAACAUGGAAGACCAAGGCUUGAAGGCAGUAUUUGUGUUCACUUUAAAAAAAUAAGAUAUCUUUAAAUAAGGGUCCAUUAAUUUAAACAAAGAUGUGAAGAAUACAUAUUGUUUUUGAACAUGAAAUGUGAAACCUCAAUGCCUCCCAUCAACCUAUAAAACUGAAUAACGUUUUCCUUUUUACCAUUACACUCUGCCUUUAAAAUAAAUGUUUGAUUUACUCUAAAUAACUUCAGAACUUUAUUGUCAUUCAAUAUCCCAAAAUGUGUGAUACCAUAGAAAAAAUAAUGACUGCCAAUCAUGUCUAUGGUAGGAAUGUUUUUUCUUGCAAUCAUGUAUACAGGAUCCAACUGCAAUGAACUGCAUCAUAUGCAUGUCUGUUACUGCAAAUAAGAUAUGAAUAAAUCAGUGAAUUAAAAAAUG